AUGCUCUUUGCCAACAAGACCUUCGGGUCCUUCGCCUACGCCCUCUUGCUACUAUCGUCAGGUCUUCAGUACGUGCUAGGAGCUUCUGACGCACCUUCAGCAUGGCCUAUUCAGGGCAACGAUCUCCAAGACCAAAUUCAAUGGGACCACUACAGCAUCAUCAUCAAUAGCGGGCGCCUGUUCCUUUUUGGCGGCGAGAUGCAUCCCUUCCGACUACCGGUUCCUGAACUAUGGCAAGAUAUCUUGGAAAAGGUCAAGGCCAUGGGCAUGCGCAUGAUCUCCAUCUACACCCACUGGGGUUUCCACGCCCCGACACCCGACCAAAUUGACUUCAGCACUGGCGCACACAACCUGACCCGCUUCUUGGAGAUGGCCAAGGAAGUCGGUCUCUACGUCCUUGUACGACCAGGCCCGUAUAUUAAUGGCGAGCUGAAUGCCGGAGGUUUGGCGCUUUGGUCUACCACAGGUGCCUACGGAGAGUUACGCUCUAAUGGGUCGGCCUUUACCAAAGCCUGGACUCCGUACCAGACGGGCAUGGCAAAGCUCGUCAAGCCGUUUCAGCUCACUGGCGGUGGUACGGUUAUUAUGUACCAGCUUGAGAACGAAUACGGUGAACAAUGGAAGAAUGUGGACGCCAAGAUACCCAACCCAAAGGCCGUGUCCUACAUGGAAAAGCUGAAGGAGAAUGCCAUCGAAAAUGGAAUUGUGGUGCCGAGUGUACACAAUGCUCCUAACGCCAAUGGCCGUCCGUGGUCGAAAGACUAUGACACUGUUGGCGCUGGAGGAGAUGUGGAUAUCUACGGUCUGGACAGCUAUCUUGUCUCCCCGAACCAGCCCUCCUUCAUGCCCGAGUUUCAGGGAGGAGCUAUGAGCCCCUGGCUGAGCCCAGCAGGAGGAUGUGCCGAACGCACUGGAACCGAGUUUGUCAAUUUCUACUACCGCGACAACAUUGCUCAGCGCAUUACAAUCCUGAACCUAUACAUGAUCUACGGUGGCACAAACUGGGGAUGGCUGGCGGCUCCCUUCUUGGGUAGCAGCUACGACUACGGCGCCGCCAUCUCCGAAGACCGCAACAUUGGUAGCAAAUACUACGAGAUCAAGAACCUGGGUUUGUUCACUCGUGCUGCUGGUGAGCUUGCCUAUACGGACCGUAUUGGUACCGGCACCAACUACACCAACAACACAAAUAUCUUCACCACUGAGCUCAGAAACCCCAAGACUGGUGCUCGAUUCUAUGUUCUUCGUCAUGCCACCACGUCUUCUGACUCUACUGAGACCUUUGCCAUCAACGUGACGACCAGCCUGGGAAGCUUUUACGUUCCGAAAAUUGCACCGUGCCCCAAGCUCGUUGGUCACGAGGGCAGAAUCUUCGUUGCCGACUUCCACUUCGGCAAGCAUACGCUUUUCUACGCAACAACAGAGGUCUUGACCUACAGUGUCAUUGACGAAAAGACAACGCUGGUGUUAUGGACUCCCAAUGGUAUCUCCGGGGAGUUCUAUCUCAAGGGUGCCAAGAAGGGUACGCUAGCUUCCAGCAGCAAAAAUCAGACGGCUGUCUUCGAUAAGCAAGAUGAUGGUGUGGUGGUUGGGUUUACCCAGCAUGAGGGUGCAACUGUGUUGGGGUUCGAUAACGAUGUAAGGGUGGUGCUUGUCGAUCGUGAUACUGCGUACAAAACUUGGGUUCCUGCGUUGACCAAGGAUCCAAAGGUACCCGUGGAUAAGACUGCCAUUGUCGUAGGGCCACGCCUUGUUCGCUCAGCGAGCGUGCAAGGGAACACCAUCUCUGUCAAUGGAGACAGCAACACUACGACUGAUAUUGAGGUGUUCACAUCUAGCCAUGUCUCAACCAUCAAGUGGAACGGCAAGCAACUUCGGACCACGAAAACCAACUAUGGCACACUCAAGGCAUCCCUCCAAGCUCCGGCAAAGUUCUCGGUCCCCAAGUUUGCAUCAUGGAAGUCUCAAGAUAGCCUUCCUGAAACGGCCGUGGGUUACUCUGAUGACGGGCCCGCUUGGGUUAUCGCCAACCACACCACAACAUCUAGCGCCACCAAAGGUACCGUGCCUUACCUCUUCUCUGACGAGUAUGGCUUCCACACAGGUAUCAGACUUUGGCGCGGUCAUUUUUCUGGCGAGUCCGGAGCCACAGGUGUCUACCUCAACAUUCAAGGAGGGACUGCACACAGCUGGUCUGCUUUCCUUAACGGCAAAUUUCUGGGCUCUUAUACAGGUGACCCAACAGUGGCCGCCAGCAACGCCACCCUCUCCUUUGCCAACACACCCAUCUUCACCAACCAAACCAACGUCCUCCUCGUAAUGCACGACGACACAGGUCACGAUCAACUUUCCGCAGCCCUCAACCCGCGCGGAAUUCUCAACGCAACUCUUCUGAGCCCCAACUCAAGUACUACACCCAAGUUCAACCUCUGGAAGUUAGCCGGCACAGCGGGCGGCUCCGAUCCCAGCCGCAGCACCCUCGACCCUCUCCGCACUCACUACAACGAAGGCGGUCUCUCCGCCGAACGUCUAGGCUGGCACCUCCCGAGCUUCGACGAUUCCCAUUGGUCCAGCCCAUCAACCACCUCCCCGGCGCAAGGCUUCACCGGCGCCACCAUCCGCUUCUACCGUACUUCUCUUCCUCUUGACGUCCCCAAGGGGGUAGAUGCAUCUUUCGCAUUCAAAUUCACGCCCGUUGACACUUCCAACCUGAACUAUCGCACAUUCUUGUAUGUCAACGGGUAUCAGUACGGACGGUAUUACCCUUCAAUUGCUUCGGAGAACGUGUUUCCUGUUCCUGCCGGCGUAUUGAAUCAUGGUGGGGAUAAUGUCAUUGGUCUCGCGGUAUGGGCGCAGACGGAAAAGGGAGCAAAGGUAGAUAUUGAGUUGGUCACUAGGUACGCGAUCGAAUCGUCUUUUGAGAGCAGAUUUGAUGGAGAAUAUUUGCAGCCGGGGUGGACUAAGGAGAGGUUGGAUUAUGUCUGA